AUGAAUCCGUUCCUGGUACCUCCCUGGGCCCUUCCGCCAUUUCGUGUCAAAGGUCCUCCGCAGACCUUUGGCAAGCACAAUCAACUCUGUGGAUCCACCACAGAGCACCUGAGUUCAGAGAACGUGCCCUCUGGCACGCCUGAGCCUCGGGUGUUGGUGGACCUCCGUGGCAGCUUGGGAGAUGGAGUAUCUACCCUCGGGCCUCUGGGGCCAGACAACGCGCCCUUUGGCGCGCCUGAACCUCAGAGGCUGAUGGACCUUCACGGUAUUGAGAGUGACGGAGAAACCUCAGAUACGCUGUCCACAAUCUCCAACGUCCUGGAAUUCCCGGUACCGAUUCCGACGGGCUUCCCCCGUGGUGAGAACGAGGUUCUCACCAUUGAAUAA